CUACACUGAGGUGUACCCCUGCCUAAUAGGGGUCAAAAUAAUGACAGUGCUGCUCGCUGCACUGUUUGCAACAGUGACUUUUCCCAUGGUGGGUUAAGACUGUAAAAGACGUGUUGAGGUGAUCUGUGUUGAUGUUGAGGUAUCUGCGGCCUCUUGAAUAUCAGGUUCUUCAAUAGACAAACGCCAAAUGAAAACAUAACAAAGGGAGAAAGUGUUAGCGAUGCAGGAUGUGAGAUGGAUUAAAUGGAAGAAGUGUUGAACGAGCGGGAGAGAUAGAAUGGACGAUGAGAAUAAGCCGGAACGUUUCUCCGGGUUCCGGUAACUGUCCGGACGAAAAAGAAGCAGGAGCUGGUGCUGCAAUGGCGGUGUGAGGCAGUAUCUGGGCUUCGUGUUUUAGAGAAAAAGCGAUCACCAUGUCGAUGUUGUCGGGGAGCGAGCGGUGUGGCUGUCGGGAGAUCCUCCAGUCCCUGGGUCAGUUCGAGCUCAUGUCGGUGGCGGACACCGUCACCAACAGGAUGUUAAAGAUCGACAACUGCGCAGAAGCUAUGAAUGCAAUACUGAGUUAUAGCCAGAGUGCUGAGGAGCUACUGAAAAGGAAGAAGAUCCACCGUGAGAUACUGUUUCAGUACUUGGCAAAACAUAAUAUUGUGAUUUCUGCUAAUACAGAGAAAUAUCAACUAAUUCAGAGAAUUAUUGACUAUUGGAAGGAAAGCACCACUACUUCCCAGAAAAGUAAUGCCUCUGAAAGCCCAUCAGGAAAUAAUACAUCACAAGUUGACUUAGCAACAAAUUACAAAAAUGAUUACCAGGCAAUGGGACUACAAUUUUGUGAGUGGUUUUAUCACCUUCUGAACACCCAGAAUCCUUUGCUAAAAGAACAUUCAGCAGAGUGGGGCCCACAGCACUUUUGGGAAGAUGCGAAACUUAAGUUUUCAUACCGAACUUUAGAGCAGCGGAUGGAGGAGUACUCUGGUGCAGUUAUGGUCAGCCUCCGUUUAUUAGCACUUACAAAGGAUGAACAUCUAUUCCUGAAUCCUAACCUGACUGGUGGCGGACUAAAGUGUAUCCAUUCACCUCAUGGAUUAGUUAUUAUUGCAGUGGCUGGCACAAUUCACCGAGAUUCAGUCUGCCUAGGAGUUUUUGAGCAAAUCUUUGGUCUUAUCCGCUGUCCAAGUAACGAGAAUAAUUGGAAGAUGAAAUUUAUUCAUCUCAAUAUCACAGGCCAAGAUGCAAUGGCAGCAACCCUUCAGUCUGGUGAGGCGUCGCAGCCGCCCGUUAUCAAAUAUGAACCUAAUGAGUUACUGCACGUCUUUGAAGAGAAUCCAGUGGCAGUUCAUGAUUGAAGAUGUGACGUGUUAGACUGUAGUGGAGAACUGCUUUAUGAACGUGUAAUGGGGCUUUAAACCUACAGCAGUUGAUAAGGCAAUGUGUUGCAAUGCCACCUAUACUUCAUUUCGUGAUGCAGUGUAACUACAGGUGCUCUGGCUAAAUAAUUAAAAACAGGCUGAAUUUAUUGUUCAUGUUGUGAUCUAACUAUUAGUAUUAACAAAAAUUUAUGGAUGUGCUUUUUUCUCCCCCACAAAGUGAAGACUGUUAUUUCUGCAAGUUCUUUAUUUCUCCAAUCUAGCACCACAUUUACUAGUUACAGAUACACUCAUUGUUUUAAAGGUUGUAACUUCUAAACACCAUUUGAGUCUCCUAACUACUAGUAGCACCAAUUGCUCAAGUCAGUAGAUUAUUAAACAUAUUUCAACAUGUUGGUUGUAGAAAGUUGUAUGUUAAUAUACUUUUUUGGGCAAUGCAACUUUUGAUAGUUAACACUUUGGAAAGGAUAUUGUAGACUUAAUGAUUCUACGAUGGAAUGUGUAUGUAUUGUAAAUACACGUUAUAAAGACAGUUCAGUGUUGUAUUUGACAUGAAGGAAACAAUAAAACUGAAUUG